CCCGGAGUGGGCCGCAAAGGCCAAAAUUGAACGAUCUCGGCCACGUGAAAUAUAUCCUCCAGGCACACACAUGGUUGGCUCCCUUUCCUCGCCUUGCAUCACCUUCCGCUGAGCAUCCCUCCUCCCUCCGCAAAAGUCAUUCAGCAACAAAGCCCACUUCAAAAAUAAACAAAUAGGUAGCCGACAUGGAUCCCAAGCAGCCCAACCAAGCACACAACAGCCACGGCCAACAACAUGCAUCACCCUCAAGCGGGAAAGGCAAAGAGCCCUCUAUUCACGGAUCAUCAUCAUCAGGGUCACAGCCACAACCAUCAGGACCUUCGACAGGCUUGAUGGAAUCAAUUGUAACAUCAGCCAGGAAUAUGGCCUCGGCUUUCGAUCCUCGACAGGCCGAUCUGCUGAGGCAACACCACAGCCUAGGCCCCUCUUCAGGGUCCCCGAAUAACCCGCUGAUGGGCUCGAGUUCGAAAGCAAGCACGUCGUCGGCUUCGAGGACCUUCCAGCAUGCAACCAGUGCCAUGGAGACCCUUGGCAGCACUAGUGGGGGUACCACUGUGGAAUCAACACAGCCCACAGGAUUCAGGGGGCCAUCGUCCUCGCAGCAGACAGGACCGAGUGCUGCUACAGGGGAGAUGAACUGGGAUAACUUUCUAGCAUCAUCCGAGUCGACUCUGCAGGAGGAUCAGCCAUACAAGCCGCCGUCCAUGUCCUCGUUUGGGUUCUCGAUUCCUUCGGUUCCGGAAGCACCAUCUGCGCUCUCACAACAACAUCAGCAUCUUCAACAUCUUCAACAUCUCCAACAUGAGCAGCAACAGCAGGGGUAUCAAGGGUGGCAACAGGAGGAGCGCACGCUGUCUGAAUCUACAUUCCAGGCUCAUUCGUUGCAGCCAAUGAAUCUCACGCCUGCGAACCACGCUGCGUUCCUCGAGUAUUUAAAGUCGACUGCCGACACUGCCUCUUUUCCAAGCGCCUCUCAACUGCCAGUACCAGGUCACCGCCAACAGGCACAACAUCCUCAACAACAGUGGAACACGUUGUCUUCCACAGAACGGGGACCCCUCUCGAAUGAUAUUUACAGACAACAACACAUGGACGGAGGCGAAGUCCUUGCCUUCCUUGAAUCAACCUCCUACUCGGAUUACGUGGAUCAGAUCGAGACAGAAGGGAUUGAGAAGCACCAGCAGGAGCGUCGGGAGUUCGUAUACAGUGAAGCAACCUUGGGCCCGCGGACACAAUCUCUGUUCUCGACCCUGCAGCUGAUCCAGCAUUUGCCGAGUGAGCGACAGGAUAUUGUGCAGUACCUGUUACAGCAGGGGACUUAUGUGGAGGAUGUCUGGAGUCGACCGUUCGGACAUGAUACUGCACGGGAGGAAGGGGCGUCUUUGGCAGCUACGAGAGCAGAACAAGAUCGGUUCCUGGCACAGGCACAGCAGCAGCAGCAAAGUGGCAGUGACGGUGGCAGUGGCGAAGGAGCAACAACGGAGGAGAUGGAGAGGAUUCUGAAGCAGAUCGUGGACGACGCCAAGACGGAGGUCAAGACGGGCGAGACGGAUGGCAAGGCACUGAACCGGCUGAUGGCGGUCCGUAGCCAUAUCAUCAUGGGCACCAAGCUGUGAUCCACAACUUUAUUAUUUCAUUCAUAAUGAAGAGUCGGUCUGUGCUUCGCGUAACAUGAUACUGCGUGCUCAUCUCGCGUUCAUAUUUAUAUUUUUUUUUCUUUCAUUCUUUCUGCCACAUUCGCAUCUAUCUUUUUUCAUUUCUUUCGUUGCUUCUUUUUGCUCU